AAUGUCAGAUUGGAUUCUUCAGAAACCCGAGAAACAAAAUAAUCUUUCACCGGUCAUAGCUGAGGCCAAACCGGAAAAGUGUGGACAAACAAAAUCGAACCGAACUGUACCAGAAGUUAACACCAAUGAAUCCAGAAGUGGUGUGCUAGUGGGCCGUAAAAGGCCCAUCAUCUAAAAAUCAUGAAGGAACCAACAAAAAAAGUCAAAGACGUGUCCGACGCGCGCAGAAUCCAUAUCAUAAGGAUCGAAGAGAGAGAGAGAGAUCCAGAAGAAGAAGAUGGCAUUGCAAUGGCUGAUUCUAUCGUACGUGGUUGCUGCGGAGGUCGUGAUCGCCGUGAUCUUGACUCUCCCUUACCCUAUGCUCCUGAAGAAACGAAUCGUAUCACUUGUCUCGCUCAUUCUCCAGCCUGCCGCUUCCAUCGUCGCCUUUGCUGGAUUUCAACUCCUCGAUCUUUACUGGAAGAAUGAGCAUAGACUAAUGUGCUCAUCUGAGGUUUGCACUGCUACAGAGCGUGAUCGCUACGAGAAAUCCAUCUACAAGGCUCAGCGGAACGUGGUUCUGUGUGCAGCUGGGAUCCUUCUCUACUGGUGUAUUUUCCGCAUCUGCAAGUACAACAAAGACCUUGAUUAUUUGGAGGAAUUAGAGAAAAGAUGCAAGGCAGAGUAGUAGUCUCCAUUAGUCUGGUCCUUCUGUUAUAGAUAUUAUUACUUCGGCUUGUGAGUAGUCCAAAAAACUGAAACAAGACCAGGAUGUAUCUAGAUAAAUCUUUCCACAGACCUUGUUUUGUGUUCACUCCUCUUGCAGCUUUGUGUUACUUUUCUAGAAACAACCCAAUUUUAUUGUGUCCCGACUUGACAUUCACAGAUUAAUUUCCUAGAAACUAACCUUUCUUU